AUGGAAAAUUAUAGAAAACCAGGAAAAGAUAAGUGUUGCCCCCAUUGCUUUGGUCUAAAUACCGGACACUUUCACAGAGACUCGCCGCCAUCGCCGCUGCCAUCGCCAUCCCGGCAAAGCUUUGAUCGAAAUCCAAACAUCCCAGCCCCGAGGGCAGAGAUGGGGAACAUUUGUCGGCCACCGCCGCCGCCUGUUGCGGGGUCCUCGCCAGAUGAAACGAUUCCGGAAAUGGAAGAGGAGGUGGGGAUGAAUUGUUUGAUGAGUGGGAAGCUGAACUGCUUUCACAAAGCCGACUCCUUUGAGAUCACGGGCUCGGAGGCCUCAACGCCCGGACCAAAGACGUUGCAUGGCUAUGUGCCGGUGACACCCAUCUCCGCAUCGAGCUAUGACGCCAUCCAACCGGAAGUCACCGAGGAGGAAGGACUUCACAUGCGCAUCUUCGAUUAUCGGGAGGAGCGUGCGGGGCACGGCGAGAGCGUGUACCUGCAUCUCUAUGACCUGAACGACACCUUCGCGCACAUGAACUCGGUUUCGUUGGAUUUGCUUGGCCUUGGGGGAGCGCUACAUGUCGGUGUGGAGGUCCUUGGAAAUGAAUGGAGCUUUGGUAUGCAGGGUGUUUCCAUCACGACGCCCAAGCAGAACCAGUACUACACCUACCGGCAAACCGUCACGAUGGGUCGUACUGGAUUGAAGAGAAAAGAGGUGGAAGGUGUGAUUUUGGCCCUGAAACGUCGCUGGACAGGCGUGGAGUACGACUUGUUGGAUCGGAAUUGUGGCCAUUUCUGCAACGAACUCUGCCAAGCGCUUGGCGUGGGACGUAUGCCAUCCUGGGUCACUCGCGUGGCUGAGACCAUGGCGCUGAUGCCCGGAUCUCACACCUUGAAGAACUCCAUCUCCAGAGCGAUGAUGGAGGACCAAGGCCAUUCUCCACGCUGGAUGGAUGAUGAGGCCUACUUAGUGUCUACACCGCCAGCACAUCCAGGCAAAUACUUCCGGAGCCCUCCAGGCUCCGGCGCCACCUUGCCCUCCACGGGUUCGCCGGUGCAUUGCCACUACGGUGCUGGAAGCAGCGCACUGGAUCAUUCGAUGACAUUGGCGCAGCAGCGCUGUGAGGCCUUUCACGUGGACUCCAGAAACCGCAAGGCAGUCGUAGAUAGGUUGCCCAUGCGGAUGAUGUCUGUGGCAGCUCAUGGUGGUCCAAAAAUUCAGCACAAGACCUGCAGUCACUCGAUCUAUGCAUGGGAAAUUCGUAAUUGGCACUGCGGUGCCUGUGGUGCCCUUGGUGGCGCCUUCCGGCUGUCCCCACCGGGUCAUCCAGUGACUCAGUUGUCGCCGAAAAGAAGGGAAGCCACUGGGCGCGGUCGCGGUCGCUCUGGGAUCAUGGAUGCCGAGGGGGCCGCAGGCAAGUCGAAGGCAAAGAGACAAUGGAAGAAGAUCAACCCAGGGGAGAUCCUGGAUAUUCAGUCCUAUGAGGACCAGCGAAAGGGCAGUGAAGUGAAGGGUAAAGGAAAGCAAAAUGAAAAGGGCAAAGGCCGCGGUAACGGAAAGGGCUCGGAGAAUGGUGAAGGUAAAGGCAAAGGAGGGAAGAACGCAAACAGGGAAGAAGAUCCCACAGCCGAGACCCCUCAGAAUGCCGAGCAAAGGAGUUACCCAUCACGGCCGAGCCCCAAAGGAGGCCGUCGCGACGGCAAGGGCAAAGGUCGGCGCAAGGGCAGUUUUCAAUCGGCUCAAGGUGGGUUCCAGGCUGAAGAGCCAGCUCCCGCAACAGAGGAAGCACGGCCCGCAGCACCACCGCAGGUAGCUUCUGGGACUGCCCAUAUGGCAGGUUCUCAAUUUCCUGCAGUUGGUAAAGGUGCAAUGGGUGCCUACAUGUCACCGGCUCCGAUGGGACAUCAGAUGCCCUUUGAGAUGCCUAUGCAGAUGUAUCCACCCGCUUUCAUGGGAGGCAUGGGUAUGCCCUACAUGGGCUACACCCCGGACGGCAUGAUGGCGCCGAUGGCCAUGCCGGGCCCCAUGAGCGCCAUGGGAACCGGUGGAAACACCGGUGGAAACACCGCCGCGACCUCGUCGCCACAGAGAAAUGACCUGGUGGCCAAAGCCAAGGCACAGAUUGAAUAUUACUUCAGUGUGAACAACUUGGUGAAGGAUGUGCACUUGCGGAAGAAUGUGAUGGAUACACAGGGCUGGGUCAGCUUUUCAGGUUUGAUCCAAUUCCCAAAGCUUCAACAACUCACGCGCAACAGCGAAAAUGUCAGUGAUCCAACCAUCAUUUUGGAUGCGAUCCAUGAACUGCCUCAGCUCGAAAUGAAGCCUGAUAAUAGUGCCGUGAGACUCAAGGACACACCGAGCGGCCGAGAUACGGAAACCUCUCACGAGACUUAUCGUGGCACGAGUAGGGCGAAAAAUUCCUUGAGAAAGACCAUGAGAUACAUGGUGUAUUCCGCUAGAAAUUAG